AGCUGCUUAGGUGAGCAUCUUCAGGCUGGUCUGCACCAAGACCACUUGUUCACGUCUUCAUAAUGCAGGACUAGAAGGCUUUUCUUCAAGUGUCUGCCAUGGAGUGCAGUGGAAAGGUGACAGCCCACCUUCUGAUGGCGGCGGGCACAGCUGUGAUUGGCUCCCUGCAGUUCGGCUACAACACAGGUGUCAUCAACGCUCCUCAACAUAUCAUCGAAGGUUUCUACAAGGAGACGUGGAGCAGCAGGUUUGCCGAGCCCAUCUCCCAGAGCAGCCUGACAGCUCUGUGGUCUCUCUCCGUGGCCAUCUUCUCUGUGGGCGGCAUGUUGGGUUCCUUCUCUGUCAGCCUUUUUGUCAACCGCUUGGGCCGGAGAAACUCCAUGCUGGUGGCCAACGUGCUCGCCCUCGCCGCCGCGUUGCUCAUGGGCUUCUCCAAGAUGGCCGCCUCAUGGGAGCUGCUGAUCGCGGGCCGCCUGACGGUGGGGGUCUACUCCGGCCUGUCCACCGGCCUGGUGCCCAUGUAUGUGGAGGAGAUCUCCCCGACCUCGCUGCGUGGAGCCAUGGGCACCUUGCACCAGCUGGGCGUGGUCAUUGGCAUCCUCUUGGCUCAGGUUCUGGGGAUGGACUCCAUCAUGGGGACGGCCUCCCUGUGGCCCCUCUUGUUGGGCUUCACCCUCCUGCCGGCUGUUGUGCAAACCAUCCUGCUGCCCUUCUGCCCUGAGAGCCCCAGGUACCUCCUCAUCAACUGCAACCAGGAGAGCAAAGCCAACACUGUUUUAGUGAAGUUGCGAGGAAGCGAUGACGUGAGCGAGGACAUGAUGGAGAUGAAGGAAGAGAGCCAGCAGAUGAUGAGAGAGACAAAAGUGACCAUCGCAGAACUUUUACGUUCUCCCGUCUAUCGCCAGCCCAUAAUAGUUGCCGUGAUGCUGCAGCUCUCUCAGCAGCUGUCUGGCAUCAACGCUGUCUUCUACUAUUCCACUGGAAUAUUUGCCAAGGCGGGCGUGUCCCAGCCCGUCUACGCCACCAUUGGAGCAGGAGUUGUCAACACCGCCUUCACCCUCCUCUCAUUGUUUGUGGUGGAACACACGGGCAGAAGACUACUACACCUCACGGGGUUGAUGGGAAUGGCCGUUUGUGCGCUGGUUCUCACUCUGGCCAUGGCCUUGUUGGACGCCCACAGCUGGAUGUCCUACGUGAGCAUCGUGGCCAUCCUGGGCUUCGUAGCCUUCUUUGAAAUCGGCCCCGGCCCCAUCCCUUGGUUCAUCGUGGCAGAACUCUUCAGUCAGGGACCCCGGCCUGCCGCCUUCGCCAUCGCCGGCUUCUGCAACUGGUCGGCUAAUUUCUUGGUGGGCAUGAGCUUCCCGUACGUGGAGCAAGCGUGCGGCGCUUACGUCUUCCUCAUCUUCAGCGUCCUCCUGCUGGCCUUCUUUGUCUUCACCUACUUCAAAGUUCCCGAGACAAAAGGACGAAGCUUUGAGCAGAUUUCAGCAGGCUUCCUCCGUCAGUCGACCGACAAAUACUCGCCUUCCCAGGACUUCAACGUACUGAGGGGGGAAGGUCACGACCCUGACCUGUGACACAUGUCCUCACGUGACCUUUGUGGGGAAAUGUUGGGAUGUCAUUGACUCCAAACUAUCACAGUGAGGAAAGUCACCUGGAAAGUAGCUUGCAAAAUAGUUGUAUUUGUAAAAUGAGACAAGGUUGAUAAGUGUAAGGUUGGAUCCACGUUGUUGUUGUUGUUGUUGUUGGUUGGGAAAUGAGCACAUUUUAAAGUCUAAUCAUCGAGCUGCUGCGAGUCGGCCGGCUGCAGGGGUAGUGAUCUUGUGUGUCAGCAUGUCUGUGAUCUUCUUUUCAUUUAUUUUUUAUUUUUUAUUAAUUAUGUUUUUAUUUUUUUUAUGUAUUUAUUUCAUUUUUUUCUCCCCCCUCCCUCAGGGGGGGAACUCGACAGGGCCGUUGCUGGUUGUUCCAUCUCCAUCGUUGGGGUCCCUGUGGGUGGUUCCCGCGGCCCUGCGCUCGGUGGUCCUGUGGCGGCCGACUUGGGUGGGGUGGCCUGGCAUCAACUGCGCCAUGCUCUCCGGGGUGGAGGUGGGCUCAUGGGGACCCGGGU